AUGACAGAUGGCUUUGCGGAAGAUGAGGGUCCAGGCUGUCAGGAAGCGGAGGAAGUUAGCGACGCAUUGUUCAGCGUCGCCUCGGAUGCUGCAGCUUCCGGUGUUCCUCGGGUCCUGUGCUGCGAGGCGGACGGCUCUCUUCCGGAGGACGUCUACGCCUUCCUUGGAGGAAAGAGCAGGCUGGUGGAGCCUGUCCUGCACGGCCAUCGCAGCUUCAUAGGAUGUUAUGGCAGUCCUGCCCUUGGCCUGCGAGUGUUGAAUUCGCUCUUGCGGCCAGCGUCCUGCGACAUGAUGACGGGUGCUGUGCGUCUGGCGCCGCAACGGCUGUUGCGUCUUGGAGUGUCUCUUCUUGAGUGCUGCGAGGCUGUGCAGGACGAUCAGCCACAGUGGCUCGAUUCCAUAGCUGAGAAGCCCAUUGAUCCGUUUGCAUUGGCCGACAAUGCACUGCUUUGCACCAGCGAGCCGCUGAAGCAGUGCUUGGACCGGGUGGAUGAAUGCUUGUACCGUAGAUCAAGAGAUGCAGGCCCAGGCCCAGGCCAGGCUGGUACACUCAGCCACUUUAUCCUGGAGCUGACAGCUGCCCAUGCGAAUGAAAUGGGUGCGCUCACCGUGGUCUUCCUGGCCUCGCUGGCCUCCGCCGGCUUGUCCAGGACUGCCCAGGCACCUGAGCCCUUACGCCGACAUGCCGAGGGUUUGAGACAGAUUUCCAUGGUUAUCAACCGCCCAAGAACAGGCUUUGGCCUGACAUCAGUUACAGGUUCCAGCCUAGAUCCUGGAGCCACCCUGCUGCUCCUGACGCCCAAACCUGCGGCAUCGGUGCACGAGUCCCUGGCAGCGAACAUCGCUGCUAGGUGUCUCAAGUUGCAAGAGGAAGCAGCUGCCACGAAACCCGAAGGAGGCCAGGGCAUUGCCAUCAGCCCGGCCCUGGCAGUGUACAAGCAGAGCGUGUGGCCCAAACAGGAAUCUGCAAGUGGCCCCUCACUGGUGGCAUCGCAAGAGGCAGUCCAGACUUCAACGGGCCCUCUGCAUCGCAUCGUAUCGCAUACCCCCGCGACACCACGGACGAUAGAGACCUCCAUGUGGCAAAGGAUUACGGACUGGGAGAGCUUCAAUGUGGAGACCUGGAUAAAGGAUGCACAGAAAAGUGGCCGAAGCGAGGCCGAAAAGGUGUCCGAGUUGACCAAGAUGGUCGGGCAGAUGCAAGCCCUAAUUCGUACCAUGGCGGGCCAUUUGAAGGUGUCUGCCACGCCAAUUAGUAGCAGCUUUCGACAGCGUGUCGACGCAUCGAGCGGGGAUGUCACAUCGCCCCGGGUGGCACUCAACAGCCCCUUUGCCACACCAUCUCGGCAGAUUCAUAACAUGCCGCUCCAUGCACUGGCUUCCACCGGCAAUUUGGCUGCGUGCUCUCCAAGACACCCACAGAUCCCACCGUCACUGAGCGGUGAGGAGCAUUCGUCUCCCUUGACCCGCAGCUGCUCUGCAAACUACCCUGUAGGCUCUGUUUUGUCACACAAGGGCAGCGGCCUUCUGAGCAUCGUGGGCGAGGUCCAGUCACCAGUCGCGAUGAAGAGGGACCUGUCUCCUGCGGAGGUUCGCCAUGUGCAGUCGCUGGCACCGCCACCCAAAGCGAACCAGCAGAGCCGCAGCUCCGCGCCCUACUGGAUGAGUCCGUGGCAGUCUACUGCCGUCCUGCAGCACCCACUGCAACAGCCGGCACCAGUGUCCAUCUCAGCGGAAAGCCACGUUCUGCAUUCGCCGAGGACUCGCGGUCGGCAGCACGGCGUGUGGUUGUUCGUUUGGGGGUUUGUUCGAGCCGGCUCCCUGUCCAGUUUCACUGUAGACCUUCAACAUUUCAAGCCCAUUAAGCAAUGCAUGGCCCCACACGACUGA